UAUUUGGCAGCUCUGCCGCAUGCAACAAAAAAGAAAUAACAACAGACGCUAGAGUCAGUUUGAUUCUUGCACUGACACGGUAAGAAUCUCUCCUUGUUGAGAUUUUACCCCAGCUGAAUAAAAUAAUUGUGUAAGAUCAAAGAUCGGGAUUUAAGUUGCUAAACAGGCUUUAUUUAAAAGUUGACUGAGUUUUGAGGAGAUAUAUCAAUGGCUAGAGUUCAAACACCAGGUUUUCGUUCUGGACCGUCCAGGACACCUUGCUUAUUGGAAAUCACCAACAAAACUGAGCGAUGCAUCAACAUCAUUUGGCUUGAUUAUUUUGCUCGAGAAGUCAACUUUGGCUGUGUAAAGCCUGACGCAAAGAAGACAAUCCAAUCGUACGUUGGCCAUCCUUGGAUCUGUCGCGAUUCCGUCACAAAAAGGCGACUUCUUUUGAAUAAGGAGACUUACUUUGCCGCCACCAAGUCAGCCCUGAAUGGAGAAAAGAAAGACAAUUUGCCUGUUCUGGAGGUGACUGCAAGCAAUCCAAUGUUCACACUGGUUGACAUUGGUGCUGAAGCUGUGAGCCGUUUGCUCCCUUCUGAGGAGAGAUUGACAAGUAUGCGAUUGCCACAGAAUGUGAAGGACCUGGUUAAGCUGUACAUCAAAAAUUCAAGCUUUGCUAUUCCUGAUGUUGCAAGUCUUUAAAGGAACUCAUCAUUAAUGUUUUUGUUCUCCUCCCUCUUUUUUUAUUUUUGUAUAAUGUGCAAAAUUCUUUUUUUCUGUAUUGCAUUAUGUGUAAAAUUCUGAUUCUCUCUAUAUUGUAUGAUGUGCAAAAUUCUGAUUCUUGGUGUAUUGUUCAACGUGCAAAAUUCUGAUUCUUGGUGUAUUGUUCAACGUGCAAAAUUCUGAUUCUUGGUGUAUUGUUCAACGUGCAAAAUUCUGAUUCUUGGUGUUUUGUUCAACGUGCAAAAUUCCGAUUCUUGGUGUAUUGUUCAAUGUGCAAAAUUCCGAUUCUUGGUGUAUUGUUCAAUGUGCUAAAUUCCGAUUCUUGGUGUAUUGUGAAACGUGCUAAAUUCCGAUUCUUGGUGUAUUGUUCAAUGUGCAAAAUUCUGAUUCUUGGUGUAUUGUUCAAUGUGCAAAAUUCUGAUUCUUGGUGUAUUGUUCAAUGUGCAAAAUUCUGAUUCUUGGUGUAUUGUAUGAUGCACAAAAUUCUGAAUCUCUGUUAUAUAAUGUGGGAGACUGUAUAAUCAAUCUCUUGUGUCAUUUUAUUCAGUUUUUCCCCUUUACUUUCUUUAAAUAAAACUUUUAAGUUAAA